AUGUCCCAUCAUCAUUGCCAUGGACAUGAUCAUGAUCACAGCAGUUCCGACGAAGUCGGCUUUCAGUAUAACCUAUAUGAAAAAAUUGAUAAGGAAAAUUUACAAUGUUUAAAUGAAACCAUCGAAGGCUCAGGGAAAACUGUUUUUAAACCAUGGGACAAGAGACUUGAUACAACUCAUUUUGUUGAAAGUGAUGCUGAUGAAGAAUUAUUAUUUAAUAUACCAUUCACAGGGAAUGUGAAACUUAAAGGUAUCAAAAUAUCAGCAGAAGAUUCUGAUUCUCAUCCUGCAAAGUUAAGAUUAUUUAAGAAUAAACCCAAUAUGACAUUUGAUGAUGUGUCUCUAGAGCCAGAUCAAAUUUUUGAAUUGCAGAAGGAUAGCCAAGGUGUAUUGGAAUAUUCUCCAAAAAUUGUCACAUUUUCAUCGGUAUCACAUUUAACAAUGCAUUUCCGAGUAACUUUGGUGCUGAAAAUACGAAAAUAUAUUAUAUUGGAUUAA